GUUAGAUGCGUACUUGCGUCUCUCCCCUGUUUGCGCGCAGUCCACUUUUCGUCUUUUUUCUGCGAGCAGGGACGCUUGCAGAUGCUUUUCGCUGGCCCAAAUGCACGAGUUGCAUGUGCCGACAGCUACGCCGAUAUCCACUUUCCUUUCUCUAAACCCUCUACUUGUCUCUCCGCGUCCACGUGAAUAAACGAUUUCUUCUUGGGUGUCUUCCUCCUCCGUUUCUGACGGUUCACCCUGCUGUUCCGCCUCCUUUCACGUUGUCCGUUUGUCUUCUAUCAUCUACGCGUUCACGGUGGAGACUCUCUCGCCCUUUUCUCUGUUUUCUCCCUUGUCCCGCUGCCCUUCUUGUCGUCUCGCUGUGUCUCCUCCCCCCUUCUUCUCUCUGCGCUGUGCGGCCUCGGCUGCAAAUGGGGCCGUCACGCUCAAAGGAGUUGUCUGAAAAGAACACUCGAAUGUACAAAGAGAGAAAGCGCCCAGUCAAGUGCCCGCCUUUCUCCACCGAGGAGCGAACAGCAACACAUCGACAGUGACGUGCAGCGGCAAAACUGAGAACUGGAGCGUGAAGUGAUCCUUCCAGAGACAGAGGAGAGUCAAAAGGCCGUAGACGAGGAGAGCGUGAGUGGAGUGACUAGUUUCCGUCGACAGACAGAAGCAAAGAGACGGGGAGUCAAAGAUGAAGGAAGUCUAGGGACGAGGGAGAGAGUGGCAACGAAAAACAUACGAGAGGGUAGGCAGCCGAAAAACAGAAGACGGAAGGGAGAGAAAACGACUCAGGAUCUGUUUUCUUAUGCGAGUGCGUGAAGAUGGAGGCCGUGUCUCUGAAUGAGCCCUCGUCGGUCUCUUCUCCAUCCACCUCGACUUUUAACGCCCUCCCCCGUUCUUCGGAUGCACGCUCUCUUUUGGACAGAGACAGCCUCUGUGCCCCCGGGCCGGGAGCCCCGCCUUCGACAGGGGUUGGUGAUCAGUGGGAAGAGCUCUUUUUCUGUAAGCAAGACUUUCCCGGUUCAAGGUCGCCAAACGGCCUGCAGGGUUCCAGAGAAAGGGAUGGAAAGGGGCACUGUCUCUGUUUCUUCGUCAGACACGAAAUGGGAGAUGCGAGCAACCAGCACCUGCGCGCGAAAGAGACGCACGGUGCCAAGAGAAAGGGCUCCGCUCCCCUUCUGAGUGGAGGAAAGACUUCCAUGGGAAAGCCUUGGAGUAAAAAACAUGCUCAACGAGGUGACUGCGCCGAGUGGGGCCGAGAUGCGCGAAAGCGGCCGGGUGUACCUACCUCUGAACCCGGAGCUGAAGUCACGGACCCGACUGGGACCGGUUCGGGUGCGUUGGAGGCACAAAGAGGCGACACCCGGAAGGAGUUUCUCACCAGCGUCGCCCCAUUGAUGGGUUGUCUGCCGAAGGGAGAGCAGGAAGCUUCCCGUGGCGCGACAUCUCCGCAACUUGCAGCAUCGUGUCUGCAGAAUACAGUUGACAACGUGUCGGAAGCAGAUCCAGCCGUUUCUGUGUCUUCACCGCAGUCAACCCCUACUGUCUCGUGUAAGCCACUCUCCGAUCUCUCUGCCUCUCCUGCCGUGUCUUCUCCAGCUUCUUCUUCCUUUUCCUCCUCUUUGGCUUGCGUUUCCUCUUCUGUGAGUUAUCCGCUCCGAGCCCUUCCUCUGAAGAGUGUCUGUGGUGCGCAGGACAAGGAGGGCCUUGUCACCUCGGCGCCCCGAAUUCGGUUUUCUCUGGUGUAUCUGCACUCGCAUCCGGACGGAGUUGUCGCGUCUCUUUCGCAGCUUUGCGCCUCUGCAUGCACCGCCUCAGAUGUUUUGCGGUCUCUGUGGAGCGAGCACAGUUCAGAGAGGCAGGGCGAGGAGGUGGAGACAGGCGAACCCGGUGCCGGGAGUGGACGCGUUUCCGAGGAAGUUUGCGUUUUACCUGAAGGAGAAUCCAAAGUCAACGAAGCAGAGAAAAACGCAGAGACAGGAAGCGUGGCUUUUCCCGUUCUGAGAAACGGUACCGAAGACUCAGCUGAAGAAGCAGACGCCCUCAGGCGAAGCAUGGAGGCCAUCGGCGCCAUCACCCCUGGGGCUUCCGCCCGUCUCGCGGGACAGCCAGUUGCUGUGUGGGCCCCAACAAUUCACACAAUGAUGGAGGGCUACGUGGAGAAACGGUACUUGUUCCCGCCUGUCGAUCUUCAAGUGAAGAAAGAGGAAACCCAUACCAGGCUGUCUACUCGCUAUGCAGACGGCGGAGGCGAGGACAGCCGAUCACUCGCCUCCGUCCCUCUCACCCUCACUGAGCACUACGUCUUCCGGCAAUUUAACGGGCUUAUGGUUGUAGGUCUCUCGGCAAGGGGUCUAUUUUCUGCUUCGAGCGCAUGCGCUGCGAGCGCCCAGACGCGCGGCUCACCGAUACAGCUUCAUGCCUCAGGUUCGCCAUCUCCGCCUUGCUCGGCUUCCGUUCCUCUCGUUUCUUCUCAAUCUUGGUCGCCCUGCGAGUUAGGCGGGAGAGACUCGCGAUGGAGACGCUUGCGGUUGACACUGCGUGAUGGUGUGAGCCGAAACUGCGUGAGUGGAAAGAGAAAGAAAGGCGCGUUUUUCCUGCAGGCAGACACGCUCGUCGCUGUCCUUUCUUUUGAAGAGAAAAUCCCGUUCUCAGAGGACAGGCAGUCGAGGACAGAGGGACCAGGUGAGACCGAGGCCCCAGCCCGUGUAACGCUUGAAACUGCAGGCGCAGAAGCAGCGCGGGAGAGCACAGACGCAAUCGAGGAAGCAGCUCUGCAUGCGUCUACAAAGGGGCUGGAAAACCGGGAAGGAAGCACCAAAACCUCUGAAGAUGGACAGAGCAAACCGCUGGGUGUCGGUGGGUUCUCGAGGGGCGACGACACCGUUUCUGUCUUCCCUGCCUCACCGAUCCUUGAAAACAACGUAACACGGAAACGAGAAGAAGCGCACGAAGAAGUAGAGACCCGGACAGGCCAGAAGAAGAGAGGAAGAGGAAGGAGGCGCAAGAGGUGUUUCGCUGAAAGCGUCGUGCUGCCUGGCUGUGCGGAGAGCGCUGUUACGAAGCGAGCACGCGAGGAAGGCGAAGACGAAAAGAGCACACUAAUGGAUUCGAAACAGAAUGAAGAGGCUAAUGCCGGGACAGAUGACGACGGCAGACGGUGGCAGUGGAUCCCCCGUAGAAUUCCCGUCUACGCAUGCACUCGAGGCAUGCUGCUAGAGUUUAACAGCGCUGUCCUGGAGCGACCUGAGCUUCUCCUAUCUCAGCCGGAGCAAGAUGGAUGGCUGUUGAUUCUGCAGCUCGCCAAACGCGAUAAGAUGCAAUCAUUUUCCUCGAGGUCUCCUUUGCGCGCUUGACGUGAUCAACUGCGGGGCCUCGUUGGCCUCUCUCGUUCGCGUCGUUCUCUUCCUCUUUCCGUUUACUUUUCUCUUCUCCGUCCUCUUGUCCAAAAUCGAAAUCUGUUUCCCAGCUGGCGAGACAGGCCUGAGCCUCAGUGUCAUGCCUCUGUGACUGCUGUAUGUGUCUUUCGUGUUCAAAGAUGGUUAUUGGUCCAUAGUGGUUACACACCGAAACAGGAGAAAGGGGUUCGAAACGCAGACAGUUACGGGGAGGACGAAUCGCGGUAUUACAAGAGCUGCAAAAAAGGAGGACACGCGAGACAGUUUUCGAGACAGUUUGGAAGGCACGUCUGAGGCAGAAGGAAGACAGUCGCGACACAGGCGGGCCGCUAGAAGUCUCGAACACCAACUCGUUCAGGGUUGUGUCAGCUUCACGAAGAAUGUGUGGUUCACGAGGAAAUCUUGAAGUUAGUGGCUUCCGAGAGAAACUGCGAAAACGAGUAUGGUCUUCUUGUUUGUUUCUUCCCAGGUUUUGUUUUGGCAUGAUUGUCCCAGCGUCGCAAGGAAAAGAUGUGUCAGCUAUUUCUGGUCAUCACAAUCGUUUUUGUUCUUUUCUUACAUUUCUGGUUCAUGCUUUGAUAUGCCACUUGAGAAUGGUCACCGUGAGACUACUUAGGUCUUCUUGUGUGGCUCUAAGCCGAGCACAUGAGCGGCGGGUGUCCCGGCAGUUGGUCUAGUACUGCGUGUUUCGUCAAUUCCCUUUCACUUUCAGUUCCCUGCGGUUGAUUCUCAUCGGCAGCUCCCGUCUCGUCUAUAACUGUGUCUCCCUUGCUCUUUGCCCAGUCGUACACAGAGGCAGAACGACAGGUCGUUUUUCUACAGCACAGACGGGGCCACGGAGAGACAAGCAUUAGCGCAGAACGAAUCGGCGAAGAGCGACACGGGAAGAUCGAGUGGGGCAGCUACCCAAGUGAUACACAGUCAGCGACAGAUAUGGAGAAAGGCGCCGUCAUGGUGCGAAAGGGGAACGCGGGAAGAAGUGCCCGGAGAUGUCACGUUCAGUGUGCGCUGAGAGACGGAGUAACCAUACGGCAGUCACGUGUAGAAAUACGUGGAAGAUCUAGCUUGUCUGGAACUGGGCGGACGACUCCUCACAGCCGGAAGUGUAAGGAUUGGUCGUUGUUUCAGUUCUCGUUUGUGCACACUGGAAUUCAGCGAAUGAACGGUGCAGAGGAAGAAGGGAAAUAAACUACCAACAAUUUUUUACAAGAGGAUGGUGCUCAGAAGUUGUGUAUUAGUUGACUACAGUGGGUCUGAGAUGCCGUGUCACGUUAUCACGAGUAUUACCGCAGGUUAUUACGGGGGUGCCAACAAACUUUCGGCGAGAAAAGGCUUUUCGCGGUUCCGAUCUUUCGGGAAAUCACCCUCCCUAGCCUGCCUCAGGGCGGCGCUCUCCAAGCACCGGAAUGUAACAAGGCCAGAUGCCGCAUGUCACUAUGUCAGAUUGAAAAACAACACUACGUGCGUAUUUACUAAUCGUUGGUUGCAGAAGUCUCAACGCGGCAGAAACCUGAGAAAUUUCGCUGCGUCAACAGGCGCUGACAGAGUGGACGGCACAAACGAUAUUUCCCCAGAAGGCCAGUGUACCCCUUCUGCCAAACGCAAACGAAAAAGCGAAAGGAAGAAGCGGAGAACGUUCUGUGCGACAACCGGAAAUAUGAUAGGCAAAACGAGAUCCUGUGGCAGCGACGUCCCCUUCGCGUUCGACUUACACUGCCCUAGAGCACUAUGCACGCCCACAACAAACGGACGAAAUGCGUUGGGAUAUCCUGUACAGGAGCAGGUGCAAAACCCCCGAUACAACUAUAAAAUCGCAGAUUCCGAUAGGCAUGUUUACGCCCCUUACAUCUGCGCCAUGCAAAAACAAAGACCACUUGCCUCACCACCCACCGGAGCAGGUGAAGAGAAAAGCUAUCAAACGCUUUAAAUCAAAAACGUCCCCGACUGCCCUUUAUAAGAGAAUGGGAGCCUUCCGGGGAGGACCCUGAACUGGUUGUCUUAGCGCGCUCGUACAAACAGUCACUAAUAGAGGAGAAGAAGCCCCGGAAAAAAGGCGUCCUACAGACACAUGGAAAAAACACAGCUACGCGCCGCAAGCUAGUGCUGUUUACUGGAGAGACUCGCUGAACAGGAACGGUUGGAACUGGUUUAUGUUCCUUUCGGUUCCUCACGGUCUGCCCCUGAAGAAUCACAACAUCACGAGUUCCGGUCGUCCACCGGUCUGCAAUGCUCUCUAACAGCGCUCCAAGAAACAAAUCUUAUACCUGCUUUAAUCAUGUACACGCCGAUUCGCGGAUUCACGAUGUGCCUUUGUGCUACUACCUACUUUGGCCACCUAACAUUCCAUCGCGCCCCCAAUCGACUUGGUUGCACAUAAUUCACCUGUAACGCAAAACGGAAUGGAUACAUGUACGUCCACUGUACACAGGAGCCUCGGGAGGAGAGCAGGGACACAGAAAUCUGUUCGUCGAAUCAAUCAUGUGCCCCCAUCUUUGCUCUCCCACGAAAGGCAUGGAAGUACGGUAGAGUUCACUUGACGGAACGUACCCUCUUCAUCAGCGUCACUGGCCCUGUCAAGUUCCUGUCCCCUUUCUGAAAAGUCUUCAAAUCACGCAUUCUUGUCUCUCACAAGCGUGCGUUGUAUCGCCAUGCUCCCCCACGGCUUCGCAGAUCUGUCUGCUCUCACCAACCCCUGGCCUCUACUGCGAAUCGUUACUGUUCCCUUUGAUGAUCCGCUCGACUGCCAACGGAGACCUUUGAGCUUUAAGGACACCACUCUCAGGCAACACGAGAAAAACUAUGCCCUAAAAAGCUAAGCUGUUGUCAGGGCCUUCAAAUUCUUUAUGGCAAACUGUGUUGUGCCACAUUACUCGGAGUUCCCUCUCUUUGCCAUCCGCCUCGAGUAUCGCUCAACAGCAAAAUGUCUGAAACAAGCGAAGAGAGCGUCGAGACAGGA